CCGAGGUGCUCUGCCUCCUCAGUUCUAGUAGUAGUUUAUUGCGUUCGAGUCCAAGCAACUUCAUGAAACGCCUCUUGAUUGGUAAACACUGCUGAAAUCCGCCAAAAUGGGCACUGGGGAUUACAUCUGCAUAACAGUGCGCGGAGGAGCGCCAUGGGGGUUCAGGGUGCAAGGUGGCAAAGACAAAAUGCAACCUUUACAGGUCUCAGAGAUUGAAGAAGGAGGCAGGGCUAGCCUUGCUGGUCUGUGCAAAGGAGAUGAGGUGGUGUCAAUAAAUGGAGAGCCUUGUUCAGACUUCUCACACUCUGAAGCCACAUCUGUCAUUGAAAGCCUGGCUGAUAGCCUGCAAUUGCUUGUGAAACGGUCUUCUUCUGGAUUACAUGAGCUCUCCGAUCCUGACUCUGAGAAGGCAUACUUUGGUGAAACUAGUGCCAGUGUGGGCCUUGAGAGCACGACUCUGCAGAUCUGGCCAUCCAGCAAGGCCCCCACUACGAGAGAGCUUUACAUCUCUGAGUCUCAAGAUGAAGCCUACUAUGGAGAAACAGAGAGCGACACAGACCUGUCAGGGGGCACCAGGCAGGGAAACCCCAAAUUUCAUGGAACAGAUAGGGAAUACCCAAGAGAGAGGUGCAGCCUAGAAACUCCUAGCAGAGGCAGAGAGAAGGGAGCAUUCUACCCAGGAGCAGUAGUGGAGCUCCAGUUGUCCCUCUCAGAUCACAGAUACAGAGACCCCCAGGCAGCUGAUGUCAGUGUUACGAGGGGUGAGAAAAGCAGUGCUUCAUGGGUAAAUCAAGAAGAAGAGGACAACCAAGGCCUUGAAUCCGCCAACUCAGAGAGUAACAGACAGGAACCCGUCCGCACCAUUGAAACCCAGUCCGUCCAGCUGUCUCGGGUCAAAAGGCAGGUGCUUGGAGUAGACGAAUUGGUUAGCUCCUCAUCCUCGCUCGGCCGAGUGGAGGUGACCCUAGAGUGCCCCGUCCGGUGCACGCAGCAGCAGCAGGAGGAGGAGGUAUUGGUCUGCAGGUCUGAGUCUGGUCUGAGUGGGUGUGAUUCUCAAGUGGAAGGAGGGCACACUGAAGCACCUCCUGCUUCUGUCUCCUUUGGAGUUUCAUCAGAGGGUGAAGAGCAGGGAGAAGAAGAGAGGGAUUCAGAGUCAGGGAAGGAUCACAGCAGACCUAACAAGCACCGGGCAAGGCACUCCAGGCUCAGGCGCAGUGAGAGCCUGUCGGAGAAGCAGGUAAAGGAGGCCAAAUCUAAAUGUAAGCGCAUUGCCUUGCUGCUAACUGCAGCUCCGAAUUCCAGCAACAAGGGGGUGUUAAUGUUCAAGAAGCACCAGCAGAGGGCCAAGAAGUACACACUUGUUAGCUACGGGACCGGAGAGAGCGAGCCAGAGGAGGGCGAGGAGGGUGAGGAAGGCUACGACAAAGCCAUUGAGGUCACUUUACUGGCCACCAGUGAAUCAGAGAUUGACGAGGAUUUCUUCACUGAUACCAACGGCCGAGCCCGCAUUGUGACAUUUGAUUGGGAUACAGGAUUGCUGGAAAUAGAGAAGAAACUUAACGACGAGGAAGAGAUGCAACGUCUGCCUGAGACCAAGGGCAAAGGGGCCCUGAUGUUUGCCAAGAGGAGGCAGAUGGUGGACCAGAUCACGGCUGAACAGGAAGAGAUGCGAAGGAUGGGGAUACCAGUGGAGGACCACAGGGAUGUCGAUACACAACAGAGUUCAGAGGUCACCCAAAGCACUUCUUACCAAAUGCAAGAGAGCUCUUACUCACAGUCCUCAAUGCAAACAAAAAGCGACAUGAGCCAGGGUUACUUUGAUGUCAAUCAGCAGAUGAAGCUACAGCAACAGCAACAGCAGCUAAAUCAUGGUCACCCUCCUGGAGGGCCCAAUGUAAAUGGAGUCAAUGGGAGGUCUGAGAUGGUUCAUCACAGUUCUGCUUACCAGACAACUGAAUACCAGAAGUCCAAUGUUACCAACAGAACAGCCAGGCCCUUCACUGGUGUGCAGAACAGAGUGCCAGCACCGUUUUCACCUACUAGAAGUGUGACCAGCCCAGUGUCAGAUCAUCCUGCCCCACACUACUCUUCUCUCAGCUCUCAAACAGAAAACAAGUACAGGGUAGUAAUACCUCCUGUGCCUGUCAAUAUUCACUCGCAAGUGUGGUCACCUACAGGCUCUGGGGAGCAGAUUGCAUCCCGAGAUGAACGGAUCUCAGUUCCAGCAAUCAGGUCCGGGAUUUUGCAAGAGACACGAAAAAGGAACACUGGAAAGCCCAUGUUUACCUUCAUAGAGCAACCCAAGGUAUCACCUAACCCUGAGCUCCUGUCCCUUCUUAACAAAGGGGACAAGCGGGCUCCGCUGGCAGGCUUUGAGUCAGGCCCAGAGGAAGACUACCUCAGUCUAGGUGCUGAGGCUUGCAAUUUUCAGCAGUCCUCCGCCGUCAAGCAAAAGAUGCCUCCUCCUGUAGCUCCCAAGCCAUCUAUCAACCCAGCGUCACCCCCUUGGUCUCCUCACCCAGAUGUGUCCAACCAAGCUCCAUCCUUUCCUAUCCAAAAAGCAGUACCUGCUCCUGCUCCUGCGCCUGCUCCUGUUUCUAUUCAAGCCCUGCCACCACAGCAACCAGUCAGUAUGUGGAGCCAGCCUCAAACCACUUUGAAGACUGCGGUGGCUCCUCACGAUCCCCAGUCAGUGACCUUGGCUCAUUCAUAUUCCUCUAAAACACCACCGACCACUCCAGUUGGUAAUGUCGCUCCAACUGGUGGAGUGAGCCAAGCCUAUGAGAUGCAAGCCUUGAAGGGUAGAGGUGCAGAGCUGUUUGCAAGGAGGCAGUCUCGUAUGGAGAAGUUUGUGGUCGACUCCUCAACUGUGCAGGCCAACAAACCCAGAUCCCAGUCACCAACCCCAUCCCUACCUUGCUCAUGGAAAUACUCAUCCAACAUCAGAGCCCCUCCUCCGUUGUCCUACAACCCUAUCCAUUCUCCCGCCUACCCCCCAGGGGCAAUCAAGAACCAGCCCCAGUCUGGCCCUACAGGGAAGACCAAAACCAAAGGGAAAAAACCCACCAAAGUCCUCCAUGCUUUGGAUGUCAUGAAACACCAACCUUAUCAGCUGAACUCCUCUCUCUUCACCUAUGACCCACCCACUGACGCCAAAACCCCUCUGCCCAAAGCUGCCCCUGCCUCUUCAAAACAGCCCAUCAUGUACGAACCCCUGCCCCCUGUGAAGUCAGCUGGACAGAUGAACGCUGCGUAUUCUGCCCCACACCAGCAGCCCCAGGUUUGCAGAGGACCAUCCUAUGGGUUAUCUCCUUUGUCGCCAGCUGUGCAAGUUGGUUCCUUCCAGCUUCCUGCUAACGCCUAUACAGCGCCAAGCUAUCCGCUGUAUACCAAGCAAGAGUCAUCAUCCUUAGGGGGCGCUAUGCUUAGGGCUCCCAGGCCCAAGUUCUCAGCCAAGAAAUCUGGAGUAGCAGCCCAGGGUAUUCAAAGGAGUCAUUCACUUAUCCUGCCUAGGAGGACAUCACCACCAGGCUACCAGCACAGCUCCCCCUGCGCUACCCCUGUAUUCUUGCCUACUAACAGACCGGUAGAAAGACAAAGCUCUUUGCUGGAUAAAGACCACAAGCCACCAACACCUUGGCAGGCUGCAGCGAGGAACCCUCUGGGUUUCGUAGAUGAAGCUUUUACCUUCCAAAACAUCCAAGAGUCCAUAGCUUCCAAUGUUAUUUCAGCAGCACAGAGGAAAACAAGACCAGAGCCGCCAGCCGAAUGGAAGGAAAGGGUGUCCUAUGUACCACCUCCAAAAAGUGGAUACAGCUACCUGGGGCAAGGAACUGCCCCUUCCCCGUCAAAAAGUGCCUACUCAGCUCCGGCAUCCACAGCUCAGUACUGGUCUCCAGUCAAACACUCCUUUAACCAACAGCGGUCAAUGACUGAAUCCGACAUCCAGUACAAGGGUUCAGGAUCUCACUAUGGGGUGUAUGGCAAGUCCGGGAGUGACCCCAAUUAUAAUACAUAUCCCACUGCCUGGAGACAGUAAACGUGAGAGAAAUAAAUUUCUUUUAUAAUAAGGAAGGUGUUUUACAAUAAUACAAUAAUAAGGCGCUGUUAGGGACAUAAUUCAUCCUUGCUUGUGCACAUACAUCAUAUAUUGACUCACUCACUACUGAAACGUAUACACUCACUAGUGAAAGUCAUCAGUCACAACCGCCCACCUACAUCGCUCCCACCAGUCAUUCUAAUUUUGAACGCCAGUGCAUGCG